AUGUCGGAUGAAGUGACCCGGCGCUUCCGAGAAGGCUCGAGACCCCUUCAGCGGCAAGAAGCGUUGGCGCCUGGGUCACAGAGUCGAAGUCAUGACCCUGGGGAUGUACAUGUUCACCGGAGAGGGUUACCUCCAGAUCGUGGUGCUUCCUAUGCAUCGUAUACGAGAUCGGGUGUCACUCAUAUCGGAUCUGCUGACAAUCCUCCACCAUUGGCCUAUUCGCAGCCAAAAGCAUCCCCAGCAGGAGCACCAAGAGGAGGACUCCCGUCCGUGGAGAGCUUUCGAAGCGCUCCAGGAAUGCCAACCCAAGCAUGGGCCACUUUUGGAAAAGAUAUGCAACCCGCAGCUACUGCCGGGCUGCUUUCACAGACAAGCAAGACUUACCAGCAAGAUGCAAGAAAAUCUCGAGCUUAUUCAAGAUCUUCCAAUUCUCAUGACUGUCAUGACUACAAACAUAAGCUUCCCACGGCUGGCGGCAUUGAAAAUGUCGAAAUUAGAGGUGACAAAGAAAACCAGCGAGUUGCGGAUUCUGAACAGCUUGAUCCUCGUUACAUUUUGCGCAGUGAUGGUGCGAACUUCUUUUCCGAAGGCAAAGUGUUUUCCUUCAUGCAUCACGAGCCCUUCGGCCUCAAAAGUGGAGACGCAACUCCUAGUGAUUCCGACUCUCGAGUGAGUAAGGGACCGAUGGGGACAUACAUCCACAGUAAGAUCAGAUGGAUGGCAGUCAUCAGGAAACGGCAUGGGUACUCGAUCUGCGUACCUAUCAUUUCCUAUGGCGGGCGAGGCGUUGGGCAGAAGAAGAUGGGCCCAGAAAUGCAGGCGCACGCAAUUGCGUACCCAAGUAAUCAAGACCCGCCUCCGGGGCGGCUCGCAGGAGAACCUCCGUUCAAGAAGAGACCCAUCGCUGUCGAUCUCAAUGAGGGCCACGACCUGAGUGCUGCUAGCCGGAUCCAUUUCGGAAAGCUGCAAUCCGUUGAGUGGAACGUCAAAGUAAUGGAUAUUGGCCGUAUCGCUCGAAAGUCCAUGGCGGACUUUGAGGCAUACUGGGAAGACGAGUAUCUGCCGCGAGAGAGGCCAUGA